AUGACUGAAGGGUCUCGCUUCAAAGAUUUACAAGCUCUCGUCUGGAGUGCUGUGGAUUUUCAAGAUGAUUAUGAUCGCCUCAUAUUCAACGAUGACAUUGACGUCAACAAGUAUUCCGAUUUAAUCGAAGUGAAUAUCUUGAGUCUAGAGGCGCCUCAGAAACUACAACAACAGCUCAAACAACAACGACCACACCUGAAACUACAACAACAGCUCAAACAACAACGACCACACCUGAAACUACAACAACAGCUCAAACAACAACGACCACACCUGAAACUACAACAACAGCUCAAACAACAACGACCACACCUGGUGGUACAAACAAUAUAA